CGGCAGGAAAGGGCGGGCCCAACGCGGCCGCCCACCCUCGCUCCUGCUUUCGGAUUCGGGCCGGGCCGGGGCUGCGCUUGACCCUCGCUACGGGCGAGCGCCAUGAGCGCGCGCCCGUGCCAUUGACAUCCUCCGGGAUGGACUGUGGCCCCGGCGCCGGCGAGAGGCCGAAGCGCCCGCGGGACCGCCAGCGGCUUCUGCUGUUCCUACUCGCAGGCCGCUGUGGGAGCCUGGGCGGCCGCGGCGUCCUGGCGCGCCGUUGCCUGUCUGCGCUUCCGGGAGGUCUUGGGGUACUGCGCCCCCGCGUCCUGGCAGCCCUCGGCAGCACGUCACGUGCCUCCGCACUGCUCCUCCUGGUGCUCGUGCCGUCCCCGCGCCUGGCCGCUGCGGCCCCGCGCCGGCCGCUGGGAGAUUGGGAGCGCCCGCGCCCGGGGGUUUCGGCUCCGCUGGCCGGGCGCGGCGGCGCGCGGAGGUGUCAGCCGGGUCUCGCCCCCGGCGUCGCCUGUGCCGCCAGCGCCCUCCACCUGUGCCACGGCCGGGUGGCCGCCCUCGCUUCCUCGAGGAGAGAGCUAAGCCUCUCUGCUGGGUGCCUGCAGCUUGGGCGAAAAAACCAAGGUUUCGCCUCUUUUGGGAAUAGGAAGCUCUACUUUGACACCCAUGCCUUGGUGUGUUUACUCGAAGAAAAUGGGUUUACUACUCAGCAAGCAGAAAUCAUUGUGUCUGCAUUGAUCAAGAUCACGGAGGCCAACAUGGACAUCGUCUACAAAGACAUGGUCACCAAGAUGCAACAGGAGAUCACUCUUCAGCAAAUAAUGUCUCAGAUUGCUAAUGUGAGAAAAGACAUGAUUAUUUUGGAGAAAAGUGAAUUUUCAGCCCUUAGAGGAGAAAAUGAGAAAAUAAAACUUGAACUACAUCGGUUACAACAACUAGUAAUGGAUGAAGUGAUCAAAGUCCGAACAGAUACCAAAUUAGACUUCAAUCUAGAAAAGAGCAGAGUAAAAGAAUUGUAUUCUUUAAACGAAAGGAAGCUGCUGGAAAUGAGGACAGAAGUGGUGGCAUUGCAUGCCCAGCAAGAUCGGGCCGUCACCCAGACAGACAGAAAGAUAGACACUGAGGUUGCUGGCCUCAAAACCAUGCUCGAGUCGCACAAGCUUGAUAAUAUUAAAUAUUUAGCAGGGUCUGUAUUUACGUGCCUAACAGUAGCUCUGGGAUUUUAUCGCCUAUGGAUAUAAUAAAGUGUCUAUUUAAAGAGAUUUCUAUUGUUUUGCCUUAAUAUCAUAUUAUUGUGCUUUUUUCCCCCUUGUUUCAAAUGUUAAACCUGAUUUUUGUUUGGUGCAUAUUAUUUAUUUUAUGCAAAUUAUGGACAUAACCAAGGCAAAGAAGUCAGGAAUUGCAUAAUUGCUCCUUUUUUCUGUGUAGUUGACUUUAUAACAGUGAGUGGUGGUGGACAAAGCAUGGAAGACUCCACUCAGCUGGAUCAGUGAACUUGGUCUAACCUGUGGGACACACUAACAGUUACUAUUUGUGUAACUCUGCAAUUUUAAAUCCUUUUUCACAUAGAGGAUUUGGGUCUCCAUUUAAAAGGCACGUUGGCUGCACCAAGUGCUGAAGAAUCACUGAAACUAAACCUAGAGCACCAAGUCCUCGUUACUACUCACCCCGUCCUUAACAUCACCCAACCCCUGUGUUGGAGUGUUGUGUUUCAGCUCUAGUUGGUUGGUGUGUUAAUGAUACAGCUGUACUUUACAUCCACAGGAGAGAGUUUUCUUUUAAUUCCAUUUCUUAGUUACUGUUAGGGUUAUUUUUUAGGUGCCUUCCAGCUGGACGAUCUAGUUGCCUAAUGAAGUGUUGUAAUUGUAAUGGGGACUCUUUGUACCUCUAGAUUUAUCUCCUCCCUCUCAUUUGCUCCUUCUUCCUCUCCCUCAUGAUUUGAGAGCUAUAAUAAUACUCCACUUGUGUCAUUGCCUGCCUAGAAAACGUUCUGAUUCUCAGCAUGGAUGUCUGCUUCAGUUUGUGGGACAAGGUUUACUGGUUUUCUUCUGCUUUUUAUACAAGGGAGGCAGUUUUCCUUCUGUAGCAAUAGCUAGAUGUUUAGUUAGUAUAUGCACUUGUUAGAAAGGCUUUUAAUGAAUGUGUCUUUGCUACACAGACCAUAGGCUUUCAAAAUCAGAGAGCUGUCGUACCAGAUACCAUCCAAAUUUAGGUGGAUUUCUUUGGCUGUUAAAGACAUUCUCAUACCCACCUAAUCUCUAUAUUUAAAACAAGUAAAUUCAUAGAAACAACUGGGCUUGUUUUGGAGAAGCACAGUUUCUUAUUUGAAUGACGGGCAUGUGGGACAAAAUAAGCAUUUUCGAAAUUAAGGCAUGGAUAGCACCUUUUCUAUCUUUUCUCCACAUGCGCACGUGUACACUUAGUCUGCCACAGUGGAGAAACCACUUAGAGACUUCCUGAUCAACCUGGCGGAUUAGAUACCCACAGUCACUGUUCCAGCCACACUGGCAAAAAAGUUACCUUUUGUGCUUUGGAUGUCAUUUCUAAACUUUGGAAAAUGUAAGUCGUUGCCUUUUU